CGAACGGAUUGACACGUUAAAACACUAUAGUAAAUCAAAGCAUUAUAACUCUCUACCCUCCCAGGAGAAAUUGUUCGGUGUUUGGAGCACUCUACAUACAAGAUGAUGAAGCACUCAUCGGUGAUCGGUUUGGUAGUUGCUAUGGUGGUAAUAUCAUGUGCCAGGCCUGGUAUAGCUAAGCUUAGCGAGGCGACAGAAGACCUGCUUUUGCGCUUACUGACUAGGGAGUUUGCUGAAGAUGAUACGAAAUAUGAAUUGCUGGGGACUGUCAAGUCAUUCCAAAAAGGAUAUGGGUACAUUACACCCGAUGAUGGAACCAGUGAUGUCCUUGUGCAAUAUAAAAUGACCAGUAUAAGUGACGCUGAUAAACCACUGAAGGUAGACAAAUGGGAUGGAGUUGCCGUGAAAAAUGCAAUGGAUGAUUCAGUGAAAAAGGUAUUUACUGACAGAUAUGGCUAUGUGGAAUCCCAUACUCUUAUGGAUGGACGUCUUAUAAUCUGCACUAUUGCCGUUGCUUUCGCUGGUUUUGCCCUUAUAUGGGACUACCUCAAUCCAUUCCCACAAUCUCGACCAGUGCUCAUCACAUGUGUACUCACUUAUUUCUUCAUGAUGGGUGUACUGACCUUAUAUACCACCUACAGGGAAAAAUUGGUAUUCAUGUUAGCACUAGAUAAAGACAAAUCUGGAGUCGACCCAGACAAUGUGUGGCAGAUCUCCUCCUUAAUGAAAAAAUACGAUGAUAUGUACACACUUACACUGGAAUAUAAAGAUGGCUCUGGUGGAGCUUGUCGCACAGGAAGUUGGACCAAAAGUGUCUCAUGCUUCAUCGAUGAAGAUGGCGAGAUUCUACAAGCAAAACUCGACCCUGUUGUUAGACAAUUGCAUGAUAGUUUAAAAUCAGAGAAAAAGGAGAAAUAAUACCAGAAUACUCACAGUUAAUGGAUCACACUGAUGAAUUAUUGAAUGCCGGGGCAAAAAUUUUGUUGUAAAUCAUUCUCUACUAAUACAUUGGAGGGAUCAUGGAUUUUGUGUCAGUCUCAGUGAAAGAGUUUUAUACAA